AACAAAACCCCCCAAAACUCCGUAUAAAACAAUGCUCGCACGUCUUAUUGAAUGAAGGUUUAACAACUCCAAGAAUGUGUGAUGUAUACUUGGGAAUAAAUUUGGAUCACACAUUUUUUUUUUCUUCAUAUUUUUUUCCGUCUGAAUUCUUGAUUCAUGCCAUUACUGUAACUCCUAUAUAUGUAUCAGAAGAUCAUAGUGUGAGUAUUGCAAUAUUGGCUACCCACAAAAAAACAAUGGCAGGCCUCAAAGAUUACUACAAUUCCUACCUCUGUGUUUUUGUCAUAUUGACUAUCACUUGUAGUUGUGCCAUGGCCUCAACCUCACCAUCUCAGGCAGUCAAAGGGGGCUACUGGCCUUCAUGGGCCUCGGAUUUUCCUCAGUCCGCCAUCGAUACUACGUUGUUCACUCACAUCUACUAUGCUUUUCUUUCACCUAACAAUGCCACUUUCAAGUUUGAUAUCUCAGACUCAACAGCUUCAAUGCUCUUGAAUUUCACGUCUACGCUCCACGCGAAGAAUCCACCGGUGAAGACAAUUUUUUCAGUCGGCGGAGGUGGCGAAGGCCCGGUUAUCUUUUCCAACAUGGCAUCAACUGGUCAGUCAAGGAGGAGUUUCAUUGAGUCAUCCAUUGAAGUAGCAAGAAAGUUUGGUUUUGAUGGUGUUGAUCUUGAUUGGGAAUUUCCUCAAAACCCAAAAGAUAUGGAAAAUUUAGGCCAAUUACUCCACGAAUGGCGGGCUAAGGUCCACCAGGAGGCUAAGGCAACGGGCCGGACUCCUCUCUUGCUCACCGCCGCCGUUUACUUCUCCGUGGACUUCUUCCUCUCCGACGUCCAACGCUCGUACCCGGUGGGUUCGGCUAAAAAGAACUUGGACUGGAUCAAUGUGAUGUGCUACGACUACCACGGGUCAUGGGACACUUCAGCAACGGGGGCCCAAGCUGCGUUGUUCGAUCCAAACAGUAACAUAACCACAAGUUAUGGGCUUCGGUCAUGGAUCGAAGCUGGGCUCCCUCCAAGCAAGUUGAUCAUGGGCUUGCCAUUGUAUGGGAGGACGUGGCAGCUCAAGGACCCUAGAUCACACGGUGUAGGAGCUCCAGCUGUUUCCGUGGGCCCGGGAUCAGAAGGUGUCUUAACUUACUCCGAGGUGGAGGCGUUCAAUAGAGCGAAUAAUGCCACAGUGGUGUAUGACAGUGUCACAGUAUCUACGUAUUCUGUGACGGGAACAUCAUGGAUUGGGUACGAUGAUGUCAGAUCAACAACGGUCAAGAUAGAAUUUGCUCAAGGCCUUGGGCUUCGUGGAUACUUCUUUUGGGCCGUCAAUGGUGAUCAUGAUUGGAAAAUCUCAACACAAGCAUCAAAGUCAUGGAUUCUCUAAAAAAAAUUAAGUGGGAGCAUGAAAUGCAUCUUUGGAAUGGAAUUUUUAGAAGAAAAGCCGGCUUUUGUUCUGGAACAUCACACCAAUAGGCUAUGUAUGUUUUUAAUGCUCAAAUCUUAUAUGUAAGGAUUAACGUUAUUCUUUAUGUUUAGAUGUCAUGUCAAUGUCCUUUUUUUUUUCUUUUUCUUUUUUUGGUGCUUCAAUUCCUUUCACUUGUAGGUGUGUGUAAAUGUGAAGAUGAAACCAUGGAAUCAUUGGAUAACAAGGAAUCUAUCUAUGCUGUCAAAUAAAUAAAUGAAAUGAUCUGUCCCUGCCUUUGUCUU